UUUCUAUCUACUGAACUGAGACCAAAGUGCUUUGGGUACUUUGACGAUAAAGAUUGGAUUUUUAGAUCUUUUAGAUGGAGGGUUGGGAGACCGCAUGUAAAAUCAGAGGGACUAAGCGUUCUCAUAUCAAUUUCAAUCAAUCAAACACACCAAUAUCUGGAAUUCAGUAUCAGUGAAAAGAGAGAGUGAGUUGAGAAGUUUGGUGAUGAUGAUGAUAAUGUCAAGAUACAAUCAACAAUAGCUAUGGUGAUGGAUGGAGUUAGAGGCAAAGGUUGGAUUUUUAUAAGGAUCGGGUAUCUCCGUGCAGGUAAAACUGAACCCUAACCACCAAUUCAGAUCUGUUGGAAUUUGGAAUCUAGUUUCCUAAAUUGUUGAAGAACAGAUUUGGAAGGAAUGGAGGAAUACAUUUCGUUAUUGAAAACGGGUUAAUUCAGUCAAUUCUAGAAAUCAAUUUCCCUUAUAAAUACACCUUGAUUUGUUCUGUUCAAGUGCUUCAAUUCAAUCAAAGAGUUAGGGUUGCUCCUAGAUCUUCAGCUCAAUCUCUUCUUCUUCAGCUCAAUCUGUUCAGCUGUAUCUCUUCAGAUUCCAUGGAAAAAUCAGAGUUAUCACAUCAGAGAAGCGAACGAAAGCUCCCACCAUCACCAAGACCAGCACCUUGGCUUGUUUUCCCACAUGGAAAAAUCCCUAAGUUUCAGACUUUCUGUGAUAUUUCUGAAGAGAAUAGCAAAUCAUUCAAAAAAUUCAUACCAGAGUUGAGUAUUAAGAGAUAUUGGCAGAAGAAUUCUCAUCAAGGAUGGGUAAUCGUUCUUAAUUUUGAUGAUGAAGACCCAAAUUUCAAUUAUAAAGAAUUUUUUCUAUGGAAUCCUGCUUCACUAGAAACCAUACACUUACCUAGUUUACCAGAUCUGGUUGAUGAUCAUACAGUCAAAGAUGUUGUUUUGUCUUCACCUCCUCAGCUCAGUAGAAAUAGCUGCUAUGAUGAUAAUGUUGAUAAUGCUUCUAUGGUUUAUAUCCUUUAUCAUUGCGGCGGAAGGCGCUAUAUUCUAAUCUAUUGUCACCCUGGUGAAAAAGAAUGGAGAAAACAUGAGUUUGUUGAUGUUGGUGACCAUCUUCAAUCAAUGUUUUAUUACAAGGGUAAGUUGUUUGUAAUGUGUUUAAAUUAUGCUUUCAUCGAGAUCACAAUACAACAUGGUUCUGGCAUUGAGGAUACCGAAACUCUCGCUGUAAGUGAUCCUAUUAGUCUCACUUACAACAGUUCCCGACUUGAAGUGGUAGCAGGAGAUUUACCUUGUCGAUGUCAAUUCUAUUAUGUAGAAUCUUUUGGUGAAGUUUUUCAAAUUCGUAGACUUUGCUUUCCAAGAGGUAUAUAUGAAAACUGUGUGACCAGCAUAGAUGUGUGGAAAUUGGACUUCUCUUCAAUGACUUGGGAGGAAGUGGAAAGCAUGGAUGACUGCGUCUUCUUUGUGAGUAACAAUACACAACUGUCUUGCUUGGCCUCAGAUUUGGGUUAUUCAAAGGGUUUUGUGUAUUAUACACGUGAUGAAGAAAUGAGCUUGUACAAAUAUGACUUGGAAGAUGAUAGCAUUUUGCUUUCUUUCCCAUGUCCUGAUUUACCACGUCCAUGGUGCACGCCUGAAUGGUUGAUAAUUUAUGCAACUCCAAGAUUCGGUUACAGUAUAAGAACAACAGAACAUGUGUCAACAAAGAAUGAAUGCAUACAUAAAGUUAUUGCGGCAACUGAGAACGGAACAUUGGACAAAAAAGGUGAUAAAGAGGAUGUUAAGGAAUGGAUGAUGCUUAAGGAUGAUCAUAUGGUAUGGUUGAUAUCAAAUUAUCUGCAUACACUGGAUUACAUACAUUUACGUGGAGUCGGUAAAAAAUAUCAUACGAUGUUAGAUUUGAGAAGAUCCUCAUCUACCAAGACAGUGCAGACCACAGAUUUAUCCCCAUGGCUGGUUUUCCCUACACACCAAGCAGUCUACAACUUUGUAAAUCCAAUGCAUUAUAAUGAGAACUACCUCAUGAACGUCCCUGAAUUUCUGAAAGCUUCUAGAAUUCGCUUCUCAAAAGGUGGAUGGUUGCUCUUGUCAAAAGGCAAGACUUUGUUCUUCUACAAUCCUUUUACGAGAUCAACUGUCAAACUUCCAGACUUGCCAGAUUCGUGCCUUCAUUAUGCUUUCACAGGUAUCUCAUUCUCGUCCUUGCCGACUUGUUCAGAUUGCGUAGUCUUUGCCAUUAAUAAAAGGUUUCGUGAUGAGGUUGAAAUCUUGUUUAUCAAACGGGGAGAUGAAAGUUGGACCCAGGAUGUCUGUAGUAACGUUUAUUUACCCACCAGAAGGAAAAAUAUGGAUUUCGAGCUAAACUUUAACAAUCCGGUUUUCUACCGUGGAGCUUUUUAUUGCUUAGACCUCAACGGAACUUUGGGGAUAUUUAAAUUAGGGCCUGACAUUAGUUGGGAAAUUCUCACCAUGAUAAACCCACCAAAUUGCGAGUAUAUUUACAAGAGUUUCUUGGUGGAGUGUGACGGAAAACUUAUGUCUGUGUUAUUAGGCCAUUUAGGAAAAUGGGUUCGUAUUUUUAGAUUGAACGACAUUGAUAUGGUUUGGGUUGAAGUCAAACAUUUGGGUCAGCAUAUGUUUUGUAUUAGCAAUACUUCUUGUACCUCUGCAAAGGCUCCGACUAGUCGAAUGGAGAACAAGAUUUUUUUUCCCAGGUUGCAUAAUGAAGGAAUUGUAUACUAUUCUCUUGAUACGGGUAUGUAUCACUCUUUUGGGAGUAAACAUUGUGCUAAAGAUUAUCGUGAUUCGAAAGAGAACUUGCACUGCAGCUGGAUUGAACCAAAUUGGUCGGAGACUCAAGAUAGAUAUCUUAACUGGCUUAACAUCUAGAUACAUCCUGCCAGAAACCAUCUAUUGGACUCCUGUUGUAACAUUGUAACAGUAGUAUCUUGAGUGCCCUUGUAACAGUAGUAUGAACGUAAUUGUAACAUUAGUGAUUUCUUUUAUAUAUAAGUUUUUCCUUGCAACUUAGAA